AUGCCUUCCCCUAACGUCAAGCUUAACAACGGCUACGAGAUGCCCCUCGUGGGCUUCGGCCUGUGGAAGGUCAACAACGACACCUGUGCCGACCAGGUCUACAACGCCAUCAAGGCCGGUUACCGUCUCUUCGAUGGUGCCUGCGACUACGGCAACGAAGUCGAGUGUGGCCAGGGUGUCGCCCGCGCCAUCAAGGACGGUCUCGUCAAGCGCGAGGAGCUCUUCAUCGUCUCCAAGCUCUGGAACAGCUUCCACGAGGCCGACAAGGUCGAGCCCAUUUGCCGCAAGCAGCUCGCUGACUGGGGUGUCGACUACUUCGACCUGUACAUCGUCCACUUCCCCAUCGCCCUGAAGUACCUCGACCCCUCCGUCCGCUACCCUCCCAGCUGGACCACCGCCGACGGCAAGAUCGAGACCAUCAACGUCCCCAUCCAGGAGACCUGGGGUGCCAUGGAGAGCCUCGUCGAUAAGAAGCUCGCCCGCAGCAUCGGUGUCAGCAACUUCAGCGCCCAGCUGCUGAUGGAUCUGCUCCGUUACGCUCGUGUCCGUCCCGCUACCCUGCAGAUCGAGCACCACCCCUACCUCACCCAGACCCGUCUGGUCAACUACGCCCAGGAGCAGGGUAUCACCGUCACCGCUUACUCUUCCUUCGGUCCUCUGUCCUUCCUCGAGCUCGACUUGAAGCAUGCUAAGGAUACCCCUCUGCUGUUCGAGCACGCUACUAUCAUUUCCAUUGCUGAGAAGCACGGUCGUACCCCCGCUCAGGUCCUCCUGCGCUGGUCUACUCAGCGUAACAUCGCUGUUAUCCCUAAGAGCAACAACCCUACUCGUCUGGCACAGAACUUGGAGGUCACCGACUUCAACCUUGAGCAGAGUGAGAUUGAGGCUAUCUCUGCUUUGGACAAGGGUCUCCGCUUCAACGACCCCAUUGCUUACGGCCUUGGAAUCCCCAUCUUCUAA